UUCAAUAAAUUGGAUAUGUAUACAUGAAAUGAUUGACGGGAGUAUAAAUUUAGAAUGCUGAAUUACACAAUACGCUGUUGAUCAACAUGUAAGACAGGAAGGAUGGCCUAACUGAAUGGAGAAGAAAGUAACGAGGGUCAGUCCAGCUGACCCCUCCGACACCAUAUCAUACGAGAUGGGGACCCCUAAACGCAACAAGAGUUUGGUCAGUCUCCAUUUCAAUGAAGAGGCAGUUGAUGCCCAAAAUGUUGGGGCUGCCCCUGAGGUGAAUAUGACCUUUGAACAAAGAUGGAUUCGUGACAACAUCAAAAUGAGGGUCUGUAAAAAGUUUGUAGAGAAACCAGUGGAGGUCAACAGUGUUUCAUUGCCUCCCGUCAGAGUUCCAGGCAAGGGUCUCCUAGGUGCUGGGGCAGAGAUUGAAGCUAUAUGUAAAUGUGGCUACCUUAGAUCUGCCCACAUGUCCUUACUGUCCUCUCCGGGGUCCUCAGGACUCGAAGAAUGGAGGGUAGAGACUAACACCAAGGCAGUCAGAACCAAUGCCUUUGGCACGGUUGAGUUUCUUGGGUUUGGAGAAAAUGAGAGAAAUUAUGUACGUGUGGACGUUAACACCAAGAUGGAAGACAUGAUGGAGCUAAUGAUGGACGUGUGGGGUCUGGAAAAACCCAACCUUCUAAUCUCAGUCACAGGUGGUGCCAAAAACUUUACUAUGAAACAGAAAAUCAAAGAGGAGUUCCGCCGCGGUCUCAUGAAGGUGGCACGCAGUACAGGUGCCUGGAUCAUUACGGGAGGGACAAAUGCAGGGGUGAUGAAGCAUGUUGGGGAAGCUGUCAGAGAUUAUGGGCUAGUGUCUGCCUCUACUAACCCCAUCAUAGUCAUAGGAGUGGCAACUUGGGGAUGCAUACAAAACAAGGAGGACCUCAUUGAUCCUGAGUGCCGAGGAAAGUGGCCCGCUUCAUACAGACUAGGCAAAAAACAGAGACCAAAGGAAAGUUUCCUGGACCCGAAUCACACUCACUUUGUGUUGGUUGACAAUGGAACUCAGCAUCAGUUCGGAGUGGAGAUUCCAUUCAGAGCCCGAAUGGAGAACUCCAUAGCAAACAUGAAAACCAACACUGGCAAAAAUGCCUCUGUAUAUGUCCCUGUGGUACUGCUAGUUUUAGAGGGUGGUCCAGGUACAUUGGAAACAGCCCACCAAGCUGUAGCCAAUAACACACCUAUUGUCAUAGUUCAGGGUUCUGGAAGAGCAGCGGACAUUUUAGCUUUUGCGUACCAGAAUUCCUCAGGAGAGGAAAUAGAAGCUACAGAUCAAGAGGGCAAAACAAAAAAGAUAACACAGACAAUAUUUGAUGCCUCAGUAGAAGCAGAAAUAAGAAAUCAGGUGGAAGAGAAUUUUGGGAAGAAGAAUCUUGUCAGUUACUGCGAGAUGGUGAAGGAGACCCUGAAAAAUCGAGACCUGAUCACGGUGUUUGAAUUUAGUAUUGGAGGUCGAGGGUCAUCCAAAGAUAUUGACAAGGCCAUUCUCCAGGCACUACUCAGGGCAAAUAAGGAUCAGAUCUUUGACCAGUUAAAGUUAGCUUUAGCCUGGAACAGAAUAGAUAUUGCCAAAAGUGAAAUCUUUACGGAUGACCGUUUCAUUCAGACUAACAUGCUGUUUGAGAUCAUGCAAUCUGCCUUAAUUCUGAACCGGGUAGGCUUUGUAGAACUGUUGAUGGACAAUGGGGUCAACCUAAAAGACUUCCUAACCAAGAAAAGGCUUCUUAAGCUCUAUAAUCAGAGAGACCUGUCUUUUUCUUCACACCACACUGUACAAGAGAUAAACAAGAAUACUCAACUGUAUCAGAUGCUGGAUAAAAUUCGCCGAAAAAAUGGAAAUGCGAAGUACAUCUCCCUGGUGGAUGUGGGUUGCUUGAUUCAGGACCUCAUUGGGGACUUUUACACCCCAUGGUACCUACUGGACCCCAAAGUAAGGGACCUUGAUGUAGAAUACCUCCUUGAUGGGGUGUCAGCAAAGAGUAUGGGUAUGCCAGGGAUCAAGAAGGGGAUUUUAUCCAUGGCAACAGGGAAAAAACAAGAAUCCAUGGAUAAUGACCUUUUGACCUCAGAUGAGUACCAGGUACCAGAUUUUGAUAAUCCAUUCCAGGAACUGUUCCUCUGGGCAGUGUUACUCAACAGACAGGAAAUGGCCAAAAUUUUAUGGAAAGGAGGAAAAGAUGCCACAGCUGCAGCACUUGUGGCGAGUGGAAUGUUAAGUUCACUAGCCAGAGAGACAGAUGACACAGAGUUAGCCAAAAAACUCAAAGCCAAUUCACAGGAAUUCUCAAAUCUUGCCAUAGCAGUGUUAAAUGAAUGUUAUGAUGUGGAAGAGAAAAAGGCUCAGAAUCUAUUGAUUCGUGAGCUUGAACAUUGGGGGGCAGCCACAUGUGUAUUAUUAGCUGUGGAAUCAAACAACAAAAAGUUCAUUUCUCAAACAGCCUGCCAGACACUGCUAAACAAUGUGUGGAUGGGGCACCUGUCCCUAGACAACCAAAUGCUACAGUUGUUGUUGUGUGUGUUUGUACCCCCACUCAUAUUUCCUGUCAUCAAAUUCAAAGAGGAGAUAGACACUGACGCAAUGUCAGAGAAAAACUUCGAGCAGAGAGUAACACUUAAAGCUAAGAAGAGAAAACUUGAAAGGCAGAAGACAUUGAACUCGAUUCCUGUGAGAGAGGAAAAAGAAGAAAGUCAUGUGGAUUAUGAAUCAAAACCAUUUGCUCUCAGCUUUUGGAAGAAGCUUUACUAUUUUUACACAGCACCUGUUGUUAUCUUUGCUCACAAUGUGCUAUCCUAUGUGAUUUUCUUGGGGUUGUACAGCUACAUUCUUCUGGUGAAGUUUUCAGUAGAAGUCAGCAUAGAAGAGAUUAUCCUUAUUAUCUGGGUGUUCAGUAUAUUCGCUGAGGAGGUUAGACAGUUGUUGUCGCAGUAUUCAAUUUAUGAGAGAAUAACUAUAUACCGCACGUCCACCAAUCAAAAUACCCCACAUGUUAUCAACCCCAGUGCUUCCAAUCACACUCAAAGUUUACGAGGCAAAAAUCACUCAUUUCACCCUACCACAAAGAUGGUGUCCUCCUCAACCAAGACCUUCAAUACCAAACUCCACAGCUACAUAACAGAUCCCUGGAAUAUAGUGGAUGUAGUGACCAUCAUUAUGUUUAUUGUGGGGAUAAUCCUGCGCUUCCUCCCUUACUCCUCCACUCUGGAGGCAGCCCGCUGUGUCAUGGCCCUCAACCUGGUCAUCUUCUUCUUUAGGAUCCUACAUAUAUUUUCUGUUCAUAAACAGCUGGGACCCAAACUAGUCAUGAUUGGCAGAAUGUUGAUGGACCUACUGUAUUUUAUCAUCAUCCUGAUGGUGUUUGUCGUCUCCUAUUCAAUAGCAGCUCACUCUGUCAUGUUUCCAAACACAGAACUCACCUUUGUCCUUGUGUACAAUGUCAUGAGGAUGGGAUAUUGGAACCUAUAUGGAGAGCUCUUUUUGGAGGAAAUAGAAAGGGAGGAGCCUGAGUGUACGUUUGACUCGCUAUUAUACAGUAAUGACACAUUGCCUCGAUGUCCUACUCCUGUGAGUCGUUAUGCAGUGCCGAUUCUGAUGGGGUUUUAUGUUUUAUUCUGUAACAUUCUACUCCUUAACCUUCUGAUUGCUAUGUUCAGCAACACGUAUCAGAUUAUACAGGAGAAUACUGACCAGUACUGGUGUUUCCAGCGUUACCGCCUGAUUUACGAGUAUUACACCCGCCCUACCCUAGCCCCACCCCUUAUUCUGAUCAGCCAUUUGGGUUUGUUCAUUCGCUGGAUUUUUGGGAAAUGUUCACUGUGUUUGUCCAGUCAGCCCAGUGACCUGAUAACUCGAUUUCCUGCAGACAAGGCAAGGGAACUAGUCCAAUGGGAAAAUAUGAUUGCAGAUGCUUACAUGAAUCGCUUAGAACAUGAAGAGAAGAAAAACAUUCAAAACAGAAUUAUAAAUACCCAAGAAUCGAUACAUGAGCUAUUCUUUAAGCUGGAUGAGUUACAGGAUAUCCAGACCACAUCCGGAGCCCCAGGGGUACCCCCCGUUAUCAAGGCCCCUAUUAAUCCUGUGGUUAGAAUGCCCCCACAAAUGGACAAGAGACUGCUAGCUCUUGAGGAGCAGAUGCAACAAAGUACUGUUGCACUCAACUGGAUUAUGAGAAACUUGCAAGAACAACAGAAGAGCUCUGCAAAGGUCCCACCCCUGAUGGAAGAUAAAAAAGAAAAUGCAAAGCAGAAGAAAGAGAAAGACAAAGCCUUUGUGAAAUCUACAGUAGAAGAACGAAAACGUCUGAAUUACAAAUCAAGGAUUCCUAGGUACCCCCAGAGUAUGGUCAACAGGUUUCCUGUCCCCGAUGACAAGGUUGCCUGGGAGAUUCCAUUUCUGGAAUAUGAUCCAGUGGUGUAUGAAGCACCUGAAGUCAAGAGUCAUCCAUACUGGGCUGACAUUAUAGACCUUAUUUACAUGAAACCUUCAGACAGAAUUGGAAAGAUCAAGUUCAAUGAAUAUGACAACAACAACAGGUGUGAUAGGAAAAGUUACUGGGGUACUUAUGAGGUACGUGAUGGACUUCCACUGAACCCUGCCGGUCGGACAGGGAUCAUAGGACGAGGUCUUUUGGGACGAUAUGGACCUAAUCAUUGUGGAGAUCCCAUAGUGACCAGGUGGAAGAGAAAUGAUAAAGGGGAAGUUGUGAUGAAGGAAGGGAAAAAAGUUCUGGAGUUUGUGGCAAUUUUUAGAAAAGACAAUGAACUUUGGUCUAUUCCUGGGGGUAUGUGUGAACCAGGACAGAAGGUGUCUCAGUGCCUGAAGGCAGAGUUUACAGAGGAAGCACUGGGAACAUUGGUCAAUGACCAGACCAUGAAAGAUAAAAUCAACAAAGACCUUCAGUACAUGCUGGAUCAUGGAGAAGAGAUAUACAAAGGAAUUUGUGAUGAUCCCAGGAAUACUGAUAACGCUUGGUUGGAAACUCUUGUGUUUAGCUAUCAUGACAACACAGGCAAAAUUCUUCAUCCAUUCCUUUUACGAGCUGGAGAGACAGUGGAAGCUGCUACAUGGUUAGAGGUGUCGUCUAGUCUAAUCCUUCACUCCUCUCAUCUAUUUUAUGUAAAGCUUGUGGCUGACAAGUUAAAUGCUUACUACUGAGAGAAUGCAAAAGGAUAUGGUAUUUAUCCAGUGGGAAAAAUCAAAUACUACUUAUUGUCUAGUGAAAUUUGAGAACUUGCCUUAAUGCUCAUGAAAGAAAGCAUAAACAUUUCAAAAGAGUCUUAUCACUCAUUGUCACUUUUAGCACCUAAACAAGUCAUGCCUCAAUUAUCACAAUUAUUAACUAAACUAUUGACUAUUUUACUGAUGGGGUAAAUGUAUGUAAUAAAAGCUUAAUGCUCUUAGCUCAUUGUUGGCUCAAAAGGAAAGUUUAGUUGCUGCAGUCCAUAUUGCAUUCAGAAAAUUAUAUCAAUAUUUGUGAUUAUGAACCUAUCUAAAGUGCCUGGAUAUAUCAUAAAUGCCAUAAUUAUCAUUGUAAUAUUUACAUAAAUCAUAGACUUUUGACUAAACUAGUCCAUAGAUGUAGGAAACUCAAGGCAUUUACAGUAAAAUGUGUGUAUAAGGAAUUCAGAGGGUUGUAUUUUAUUGAAAAUGAGUCUUUCUUGAGAUUAUUAGUCAAAGAAAACCAUUUCAAAAUGACUGCAUAAAUUGACUUAAUAUUUUUUUGCAUGAAUAUUGACA